AUGAUGGAAGACUGCUGUGGUCUACUCACGACUCAGAGUGAACCAGUUCCUCUGAAGAGCAUUGAAGUGGAGCUGGAGGUGAGGGACCAUGUGGCUACAGUGGUCUCCACUCUGCUCUACCAGAACAAGGAGGACAAACCACUAGAGGCUGUUUUUGUCUUCCCUCUGCCUGGAGAUGCUGCUGUCUGUCAUUUCAGUGCUAACAUUGGACAGACACAGAUUGUAGCUGAGGUGAAGGAGAAACAGCAGGCUCGCGAGGAGUAUGAUGAUGCAUUGAGCUCCGGUCAGCAGGCCUUCCUAUUGGAGGAGAGUGAUCAGAGCCCAGAUAUAUUCUCUCUGAGUGUGGGCAGUCUGCCUCCAGGAGAGAGCGCCUCCAUCAGGCUGGAGUACGUCACUGAGCUGGCUGUGCAGGCCGAUGACGGGCUGAGGUUUUGUCUGCCUGCUGUGCUCAACCCUCGCUACCAACCUCAGGGAAGUGAAGGUGGCAGUGUCCAGGUGACGCCUGUUCCAGCCUCUCUGGUGCCCUACAGUCUGUCUUUCUCUGCCCGGGUGUCCUCUCCUCGUCCAGUCUCUAAAGUAGAGUCCAGCUGUUCCCUGGACCCUCUCCAGUACCUCAACACAGAGCAAACCCAGGCUACGGUCAAGUUGGCUGCAGGACACAAGUUUGACAGGGAUGUUGAACUGUUGAUUUAUUACAAAGAUGCCCACCAACCCAAUGCUGUGGUGGAGGCAGGACAGACCUCUGCCAAGCCUGGCACUCUGAUGGGUGAUCCAGUGGUGAUGCUGAGCCUGUACCCUGAGUCCCCCUCAGUGGCUUCAUGUGGAGAGUUUGUGUUCUUAAUCGAUCGAUCAGAAAGUAUGGAUUAUCCAAUGGAUAACAGAAACCCACAACAGACUCGCAUUGGCAGUGCCAGGGAUACCCUACUGCUCCUGCUGAAGAGUUUACCAAUGGGCUGCUACUUCAACAUCUACAGUUUUGGGUCCAGAUAUGAGCACAUCUUUCCUAAGAGUGUGGAGUACAGUGAGAAGACAAUGGAAGAGGCUCUGAAGAAAGUUGAGAACAUGGGUGCUGAUCUGGGAGGAACAGAGAUCCUGCAGCCCCUAAAACACAUUUACAGUCAGCCCUGCAUUCCCAGUCAACCAAGACAACUGUUUGUCUUUACUGAUGGAGAGGUGGGGAACACCAAAGAAGUUAUAAAUCUGGUGAGGAAGAACUCAGGCUACCACAGGUGUUUCUCUUUUGGGAUCGGGGAAGGGGCCAGCUCUGCUCUUAUCAAUGGUUUGGCCAAAGAAGGAGGAGGUCACGCUCAGUUCAUCACAGGAACUGACAGGAUGCAACCAAAAGUGAUGCAGUCGCUGCGAUUUGGUCUACAGCCAGCUGUGGUGGACAUCUCAGUCACAUGGGAUUUACCAAAGGGAGUGUCUGUCACUGUCCUCUCUCCACCAAUCACAAUUUUCCAGGGUCAAAGGUCACUGAUUUAUGCUCAGCUCACUGGACAGAGUCCAGAGGCAGCAGAGGGCUGUGUGACGGUGAAGUACAGCCUGGCAGGUCAUCCAUCCCACAACCAGCUCCACUUCAGUCUCAAACCUGCAGACGACACUGGACUAACAGUACACAGGUUGGCUGCUCGGACACUGAUUCGCUCCCUGGAGAUGGAGGAGAGAGAGCACAGAGGACAGCAAGAUGGAGGAGAGAAGAAGAAGAAGGUGGUGGAGCUCAGUGUCCAAUCAGGAGUGAGCAGUUCCUUCACCGCCUUCAUUGCUGUCAAUAAAGAUGAUGGCGAGGCCAUUCAAGGGCCUCUGUUGCGCAGAAAUGUCCCAGCACCCAGUGAGUGUUUGUAAGAACUAAUAAACACACUAAUGAUAGUGUAGAGAAGCACAGUGUUGUAAUGCUUUAAUAGUAUGGACAUCAUCAUUCUUCAUUCACAAAGCUGCUUAUCACUCUUAUUAUUGCAUUUCCUCUGUACUCACUGUG